CAGUGGUCAGGUCUCAUGAAUAGUAAUAAGGUAGACGUCUUCUAACCCUCCGCCGGAAGCGCGCUUCUCAUGAAUAAUCAAGCGUACCACUGAGCGGGUCAGGCUGCUGAGGGAAGAACGGUCGCUUUUGGGAACAUGGCGACGGCGAUGUAUUUGGAGCAUUAUCUAGAUAGUAUAGAAAAUCUGCCCUGUGAGCUUCAAAGGAACUUUCAGCUUAUGAGUGAUCUUGAUCAAAGAACGGAAGAUAAAAAAAAGGAGAUCGAUACAUUAGCUGCUGAGUACAUUGCCACAGUACGGGACCUCUCAACUGAACAGAGGGUACAGCACCUUCAGCGCAUACAAUCUGCCUACAGCAAAUGCAAAGAAUACAGCGAUGACAAAGUGCAGCUGGCCAUGCAGACAUAUGAGAUGGUCGAUAAACACAUACGACGGUUGGAUGCAGAUCUGGCUCGUUUUGAAGCAGAUCUGAAGGAUAAGUUAGAAGGUACAGAGUUCGACAGUCCAACGGGACGUGGACUAAAAAAGAAUCGAGGUCAAAAAGAAAAAAGAGGAUCCCGGGGUCGGAGGGUAUCUGAGGAGGACACUGUGAAGAAAAAGAAAUUAAAAGGAGGACCAGUGUUUUCAGAAGCUGUGCUUUCUGUCCAUCCCUCGGAUGUACUGGAUAUGCCAGUGGACCCUAAUGAACCUACGUAUUGCCUGUGUCACCAGGUUUCCUAUGGAGAAAUGAUUGGCUGUGACAAUCCAGAUUGCCCUAUUGAAUGGUUUCAUUUUGCCUGUGUGGACCUUACCACAAAACCUAAAGGGAAAUGGUUUUGUCCCCGCUGUACCCAGGAGCGAAAGAAAUGAUUAGAGAUGGCGAUAGACCAGUCUUUACUUCUUCCAUGUCCAUCUUCAAUUCUGCUUGUAUAUUCCCUGUCAUAUGUCCCCAUACUGGAAGGUUUUCAUGUUGAAGCACGGAGGCAGUCAAGUGUGCAGAUCAUUCUGUGCUGGUUGUAGAAACCUCUGUUCCAGGGGAGGAUGUAUAUUGCACUUUAGGAAUGGUACUGCAGUCCAUUACUUUGAAAUCCUGUUCAGCACCUAAUUUGUCCCUUCCAAAGUUCUGACAUCAACCAAAGUUACAUAUAAUAAUUAUUUUUAUUAUUAUUAAUGCGUUGCUUGCUUGCUUUUUGUUAAGCUUUUCCAUUAAAAUGUUAUGUUUAAAAGUGCAAGCCCACUAUGGACCCAAAAAUAAACUCGGUGAAAUUUAUAAAUUAAUGGCAAUUUAUACUGUUGAUAAUUUUUGAGGACAAAAAAAAUUCUGUGACCUUGACCUUUUUUUAAAUACUUUUGAAAAGGAUACACUCCAAAUUGUACAGCUUUGCCUACAGGUAAAAGGGACAUUUUAUUAGUAUUUGAAAUGUAUAACAGUGCUUUUUAAAUACUUUAAAGGGACACUGAACCCAAAUGUUUUCUUUUGUGAUUCAGAUAGAGCGUGCAAUUUUAAGCAACUUUCUAAUUUACUCCUAUUAUCAAAUUUACUUCAUUCUUUUGGUAUGUUUAUUUGAAAAGCAAGAAUAUAAGUUUAGAUGCCGUCCCAUUUUUCGUGAACAACCUGGAUUGUCCUUUCUGAUUAGACAGCACCAAUAAACAAGUGCUGUCCAUGGGUCUGAACCAAUAAUUUGCUGGCUCCUUAGCUUAGAUGCGGUCUUAUUUAAAUAAAGAUAGCAAGAGAACGAAGAAAAAUUGAUAAUAGGAGUAAAUUAGAAAGUUGCUUAAAAUUGCAUGCUCUAUUUGAAUCACAAACUAAAAAAAUAAGUAUGUUACUUAUGUAUCAUCGGGGUAUACUGUGCCCCUUAAAGAGACAGUCUACUCCAAAAUUUGUAUUUCCACAGCUUUGCUUAACCAGCAUUGUUAUAUUAUACUUUAUAACCAUUAAACCUCUAUAUAUGUGCCUUUUUCUAAACUCCUGCAGGACGCCUUUAUCUCAGAGCAUUUGUAUAGCUUUUCACAGCAAGACACUGCUUGUUCAUGUGUGCCAUAGAUAACUUUGUGCUCACUCGUGAAGUUAUGAGUCAGCACUAAUUGGCUAAUAUGCGAGUCUGUAAAUGGCACUGAGCUAAGGAGGCAGACUGCAGAGGCUUAAAUACAAGGUAAUCACAGAGCUAAACAGUAUAUUAAUAUAACAGUGUUGGUUAUGCACAAAAUCUGAGAAUUUAGAAGCAUAUUUUCAAACCAAAGAAUAAUGCAAAAGUAUGCCUAGCGUACAUUUCAAAUAUAGGAGUAAAUCGUAGGAAACUCUAUUUAAAAAAUGAUCGCUUAUUCUCCAAUAGCAAUUUCACUUCUAUGUUAUGUGGGAUUUUCCUGUCUUGAAUUAUAUUGUAUAGCAGAACAUUGCAUUGUUAACUGAUAGUGGCAUAUUUUGCCCUGUUUUGACUUUUGCCAUAUUGGCUGAUUCCACCUUGAAUAUCAGGUUGUUGUUUGUUUGUUUGUUUUUAUUAGAAUAUAUGAUCAGUUUAAUAUUUGUAAUGUGCUAUUAUUUUAGUUUUAAUUCUUACAUAAUUGUUCAGUCUUUAUAUACGCUAAACAUUUCAGCCAUGGCUAGAAAAAAGAUCAUUCAAAUUGACUGAUAUUUGCUGUGUAGGUUACAAAGCUUAUUCCAAGGUAGCUAAUCAUGUGAAUAUUUUUUUUUUUUUCUGUGUGUGGCAGUUCCUCCACAAUAUAUUGAGCCCUGGAAAUCAAUUUAGUAAGCACAAAAAAAUGCAGAGUUCUUUUACUUGUUUGUACAGAAUUAUCAAAGAUUGUCUCUUCCUUAUUCACUGAUUUACGAUGUCGUUUUUUUUUUUUUUUUAAAUCUCACAACUAGCCAAUUAAACGCGGCUUUAUUUUUGUCCUACAUUGGGUUGCUCUUUAAAUGUAAUCACUUUAGGGUGAAUCUCAAAAUCCCAGUUUUUAUUUUUUACAUGUAAAUAAAUAUAUAUAUAUAUAUAUAUAGAGAGAAAAUAUAUAGAAAAAAAUAUAUAUACAUCUAUAUGGAGAUCACAAUAUAUAUGUAUAAAUGCUCUCUUUAAGACAGAUUCAGAAUUUAGUGUGAGAUCUUCAAAUGAAGCAGAAUCUUGCAUACUUAUCUAAAUAUUUUAUUUCCAAUACCUUGUCAGGAAUAAAGAAGUUGUAUUAAAUUCUUAACUGAAAAUAACAAGUCAAAACCUUAUUUAUACACCUCAGAUCUCCCCUUUUCCUUUUAUAUUUGUAUUAUAAUCAACAAAUUUAGCUGCUUGAUAUUUCUUCAGUUCAUGUUCUUUCUAUUUCCAUACCAGCUGAUUUAAAGUUGAUGACUUUUUUUUUUUUUUUUUUUAUUAUUAUUAUAACAUAAAAAAAAGAAGAAAAGUUUCUUUUUCUGUUUUAGUUAUAAUUAGCCUUGCAUUCAGAUACUUUACUAUCCAAAUGCGGAAGAGGGCAGCCACUCAUGGUGUUCGUCUCUUUUCAGUGCCGGAUUUCUAUAUGUUAAAGUGAAACACACUAAGAUCUGUGCAAAUAUAUUAUCGGUUAUUUGUAAAGCACCAACAGAUUCCGCAGCGCUAUAAACGUAUGCGAAAUACAAGGAAACCUUUAUAGGGAUCAAACGGGUAGAGGGCCCUGCCAAGAGUCGCACUGUUGUAGUCGGCUCUUAAGAAGGUGAUCUACAAACAGCUGGGCUCUUAGGCUUACAUGCUAAGGGGGUUCAAGGGGAUAGCAAUGGAGGAGAGGUUGUAUGCAUCCCUGAACAGUAGAGUCUUUAGGGAGCGCUUGAAUCUGGCUCCGAAAAGAGCCGAAAGCCACAUGUAGCUGCCUUCCGCAUUCAGAUACUAACAAAGUAUGCAAAUGAACAUACCUAGUAAAUAGAUUAUAUUUAAAAGAAAUAUUAUAGUUUGUGUUUUUUUCCUUUAGAAAAUGAUACAUCUUUCCUGGAUGUUUUAAAGGGCCAUUAUAGCACACAAAUUACUUGCUCUGAGACCUGCAAUGCUGUUUAACCACUGCUGGUCUAAAGUAGAUACAGCUGCUAAACCAAUUAGCAGCAGUCACAAAAACUGGGUAGCGCAACUGCUGAUUGGUUCAGCAAUUAUAUCUGCUUGAAACUAGCUGUUUAAGGCUUCUGAGCUGGGGGUUUUUUUUUGUGUGUGUUGUUUUUUUUUUUUUAAUUAUUAAUUUAGCACCUUUUAGUUAAACGCAUAUCACUGCAGGGUCACUAGUGCUAAAAUUGCAUGCUCUGACAGAUGAGCAUGUCAUUUUUUAACUUUAAUGGUCCUUUAAACUUGUCCACCAAAAGACCUGGGUGCAUUGUUCUUGUCCACUAUUAAGCAACUGAUACUGGAGUAUGUUUUGUGCUAACAGGCAAUUCUUGGUAAAAUAAAAACAUGAAACCCAAAAUGUUUCUUUAAUAAUUCACAUUUAAUACACAAUUUGAAAUAACUUUCCAACUAAUUUCUUGAAUUUACUUCAGCUAGCUCCCUGUAGUGCAGAGAUACAGAGAGAAUGAACACAUUGGGUGAGCGAAUGACAAGAAGCAUACAUGUCCAGCCACCAAUAAGCAGCUAGUCCCCAGUGGUGCAUUACUGCUCCUGAGCCUAGGUAUGCUUUUUAAAAAAGAUUACCAAGAAAGCAAAGCAAAUUAGAUAAUAAAAGUACUUUGAAAAGUUGUUUAAAAUUGCAUAUUCUGUCUGAAUUGUGAUUUUAUUUAAUAUGGGGGCUAGUUCAUAAAUAAAUCUGUUAGACAGUGUCAAUGGAAAGAAAUAGUAUUUGGACUUGAGUUCUACCCCUGUUUUAAAAGAUAUUAUAGCUUAUGGGUGCCAGGUGUCCAAACAUAAAUGUUUAAUGUUAAUCCAUUUUGAUGCAAUCUUUAGAAAAUCAAACGGUUUGCUACUUAUGUAAUCACAUGAAUGUACAAUUUUCCAGAAUUUAGUUUGAAAUCUAUAGCUACAUAUUUUUGUGAAAGGACAAUUGAAUGUAGCACCAUACUAAUUCUUUUUUUUUUUUAUUAAGUGUAGUCUUAAGUUUGUUUGUUUUUUACCAAGAUUUUGCUUUGACAGUUCUCAUCUCAAAAUGAUACUGGUCACAGAAUGUACAGGCUAUAUUUGCACUAUAUUUAUUACAUGCAGAAGCAAAAGUUUUAAAAGCAGCUUUUUUGUGUACUAGGUUUGAAAACACUGUCUAACUUACUUAGCACCCUCUGUGUACAACGGUAUUCAGCUGAUGUCGUAUACAAUUUAAUUUAUCUUGCCAGAAGUAAAAAGCUGAUCUUUCUCUCACUCCUGAUGCACAUUUCUACGUUAUUCCAUUGAUUGUUUACUCAUGCUGAUACUGUGUGCAGAGUUGUGAUGUUCUAAAUCUACCUAACGUUUAAAGGUUUUAUUGUAGAAAAAAACUAUUUUAACCUUUUUUUAAGGCCGUUCUGAUGCUCUUUUCUGUCCUAACCAUGCCGUCUGGAGGGCGUGCCUAGCAUCAUAGGGACGCCCCCCUGACCCGAUCCCAUCAUUUAAAUCGUCGUUCCGCUGUAGACAAAUUAACCCUGUCAUGAAAGGGUUAAUGAGGGAAAAUGAUGUAAAUUUAAUAUAUUUUUGGUUAAUGUAACCUCUCCCCCAGAGUGACCUGCUUUAUUUAAAAAACAAAAACACCAACGAUCUCCUGGUAUCACAUUCAUUCAAACUCCAAGUAUUUGUAUAUUUAGUAAUCAAAUGUAUUUUGGCUUUGUCAUGCUUAUUUUAAAAUUUUGCUUUUUGCAUUUAAAUUAUCUACAUUUACAUUUAAUCAUUAUGUUGCAUGUGUGUGUUUCAUCUUCUGCUGCUUUUUUAUAUCAACUGUUUCCAAACGGUGGCUCACAAGGCUAACAGCUGAGUUGGAGCUACUAUUUGCUUUCAUUUUCUUUCUUGUUAGUGAACACUGAUCAAAACAAUAAUGUUGUAGGUUGACUAUAUGUAUAUGAGUGUGGUUAUCUUUACAGAUCCCUUGAGCCAGCUCCUUGAUUACCACCCCUAUUUUUUUCAUAGAUCAUUUUGUCUCCGUCUCUCAAAAAUCUUGCCUGGCUCCUAACUUUCAUGUAUAUUUGCCUUGAACUGAACUACUGUUAAGUCUACUACAACUUUAUUUUUUAUUUUAUUUUUUAAUUCACACCAAGGUUGGAUUUACGGUAACGUUUUUAUUUUAAUUUUCCAAUGUUUAAUAGCAGUUAUGAAUAAAGUGUAAUUGAAAAACGAUGCUGUUAAACUCCAAUUAGCAGGAUCAUUGAUGACAUUGUAUACCCAAAACUAUCCCACUAGAACAGUGCUGCAAUUGAAUAUGGCAUUGAGUUGAAGGAAUUUCUAUGGGGGGAGGGAUUUAGAUAUUGUCAACUAUUUUCAUUGCUGGGAAGAACUUAUAAUGAAAGUGGUAAAAUCAUCUCCUUACAAAAUGUUUAUUCACUGAUCUGAUUAAAGUUAAACGUAAAAUAUCUGUAUUUUUUUUAAUCAUGUUGCUUUGAUAUUUUGUCCUAAAUAAAAUAUUUUUGAGAAUU